AUGUUUGCGACAAAUGCCGUGUCUACCAUUCUUGGUGUACGUCCUGAUCAGAUCAAAGACAAGAGUUUCUAUGAAUGUAUUCAGGAAAACUGUCUUCCCGAUGCCAUACGAUGCCUCGAGAGCGCCAAGGCAAACGACUCGAUUGCCUACUUGCGCUUCUGGUACCGGGACCCCCGUCGAGAAGAAGACUUCGACGAAGAGGAUGAUGAUGAGGAGGAAGAUGAACGUCGAAGCAUCAAUUCCAGCGACUCGGAGGGAGGAGGAGCUCGGUUGUACACCCAUAUGGACAUCGAUAUCGAGCCCUCUAGCCCGAAGAUCAAGAUGGAGCACGAGGACUCCCAACAGUCCAUGUCUAGCAUCAGUUCCGCCUCCAACGCAGUUGCCAUGGAGUCUGGUUCCAGUAGCGGCGCCUACCAGACCCCUCCCAGCGCCGGUUCGCGCACAGGACCAAGCCGUCCCAGUCCUGAGUCUGGCCCUACACCUCGUGCCCGUCGAAGACGCACACCCAAUGCUCCACUGGAACUUGAGGCCGUCGUUUCAUGCACGUCGGAUGGGCUUGUCGUUGUUCUUCGCCGUGCUCGGCCUCCCAUUCCAGCCUCACACCCGCCACUGGUCCCACCUCAUAGCUUUGAGAAUGGUCUUUUCGCCGCUCCAUGGGGCCAACAGCCCAUUCGACCAGAGUAUCCGCCUGGAGCCCAAUACAACUUCCAGCCGCCAUACACUUCACAGCAGCCGCCUCUUUACGACGAUGCUGCCAAGGCCGUCGGCGGCCCGCCUCUGGAACAGCUUAUGAGUUCGAUCCGAGACGUUGCUGUCUUUGCCUGGGCUCUCAUCGGUAUCAACGGCAACCUUGCGACCUACACUAGAGGCUUACCUCGAGGCGAGGCUCAACCCGUGGACGGAAUCCCCAUCUGGGACCCAAAUGCCGGCAACGAAGUAUCCUACCUAGGGCCCGAAAACCAAGCAGUGCAGCGUUGGGCUGAUUAUGAAAAGGGCAAAAGCAGCACUCUGGGCCAUGGGCCAUAUGCGAACAAUGGACAGAAUCGGUGGCCUCCUGAGAACCAGCAGCGACAGCACGAGUUGUCGACGGCGAAUGGCACCAUGGGCGGGAACUAUACCUUUGCAAGCCACUCACAGCAACGGUGGAUGAAUCUUGAGCACGGCGUAGCUAAUGGCGCUCGGCCAGGGCACGAUGAUAAUGGGCAUGCGCCGCCCACGGGAGGGGAACACCAGCAGAACCACACGCAAGUUGAUGAUACUCAGUCAUAUCGACAGCACCACCACACUGCACCUGGCUUCCCGCCGGAAUUUGGGCACAAUCAGCAGCCUCAUCAGCAAUAUCUCCAGUGGGGCAAUGGCGAGCAGAACCCACCCCCGCCAUCGUACCAUAGUAACGACGGCUAUGGUCCGGCAUCGACACAGGCUGGGCCUACCAAUCCUCCAAGCAAUGGGCAACGCUUCUAUUGGCACUGA